GAGCCCAGGUGAAAGCCCAGGUCUCCUCCUUAUCUAAUCCAAUCCCUUAUUUUGUUUUCAAAAAUAUAUAUCAAAUCACACACAUUUGGGGAAAAUGCCAUCUUCGAGCCCUCGCACCGUCGAAGAGAUCUUCAAGGACUACAGCGCUCGUCGCUCUGCUGUCAUUCGCGCCCUUACCUACGAUGUGGAUGAGUUCUAUUCGCUUUGCGAUCCAGAGAAGGAGAAUUUGUGCCUGUACGGACACCCAGAUGAGUCGUGGGAGGUGACUCUGCCGGCAGAGGAAGUACCCCCGGAGCUUCCUGAGCCUGCACUGGGCAUCAAUUUUGCAAGAGAUGGGAUGAACCGUAAGGAUUGGCUGUCAUUGAUUGCAGUACAUAGUGAUGCUUGGUUGCUCUCUGUGGCUUUCUACUUUGGUGCUCGCCUGAAUCGAAAUGAGAGGAAGCGUCUAUUUAGCUUGACAAAUGAUCUGCCUACAAUCUUUGAAGUCGUAACUGGAAGGAAGCCCGUAAAAGACAAACCCAGUGCAGAUAGUGGAAGUAAAUCCAGGAACAGCGCGAAGAGAUCAGUUGAUGGACAAAUAAAGAGCAAUAAUAAGUUACUCGAUGGGAGUUAUGUGGAGGAUGAAGAUGAGCAUAGUGAAACCCUAUGUGGAAGCUGUGGGGGAAAUUACAGUGCUAAUGAGUUUUGGAUUGGCUGUGACAUCUGCGAGAGGUGGUACCAUGGGAAGUGUGUGAAGAUUACACCAGCCAAGGCAGAAUAUAUUCAGCAGUACAAAUGUCCUUCGUGCAGCACAAAGAAGGGCAAGUAGUAGUGACUAAUGAAAAGCUCGGCGUCCAGGGAUUUUACCCCAUUGUAAUGGUCAAUUGUACGGUCGGUAGAUACUCUCUGACCACGGUUUUUCUUGUUUUAUUCCCACUCUCCGGCCAUGCUGCCAUCGUUAAAACCUAGUUUUAUCCCCCCCUUGCGUUAUAUGUACCUCUGUAUCCUCGUAAUGUAUAGAUCUUGUUUCAUUUGUGUUAUUUAUGAAAUGCUCUUGAGUUUUAGUUACUAAA